AUGUCUAAUCAUCUACAAUAUCAGCCUAAAAGCUACCAAGAAUCGCUUAGCAAUUAGAUCGAAGUGUUUGACUAGUCGAAGAAAACACCACCUAUCCACGAGAGAUACUUAAUUAAAUCCUCUGGAGCUAAGACUGGGAGUAGUAUCAGAGAUGUGAAUUCAUUCAAUCUCCAGUCGACAGACGGAUCUAUUCAAUUUAAUUAAACUCAGAGAAUUCCACUUGGGGCAUUAGUAAAGCUAAAGACAUAGAGUGAUGAAGCUCUAAAUUCACAGUAUUUUGCAAUGAGUCAAAAUAAGAUAUCCCAGCACGAGAUCUCUGAUUCUGACUCAAAAUUUAAUCGUGAUAAUGAAAGCCCGCUUCUAAAAAUCGUAAAUGGACAAAAUCUUCACCCCAGUUCGAAAAUUAUGAGUAGCAAUAAUCUUGAACUGAUGAAUGGAAAUUUUACGUUAGCAUAUACAACAGGAACUGAACCCACUCUGGAUGUAACAAAUAGCUAAAAGAUUUUGCAGCAUCAAUCAUUCAUAGAGUAGCAAAAGAACUAUGGCUUGGUGUUGAGCAACAACAAUAGCCAGAUUUCUUCUUUACCCCAAACAACUGAUCAUAGAAAUGUCACUCUGAAUAGCUACUUUGGAAAUCCACCAACAAAUGUCUAAAAUAUUCUUCAAAACAAUUUGUUGGUGAAUGGAAACGGCAGUGUUAUGAAUAAUCAAAUGCUAAAUCCUCAAUUCUUGGUCCCUGGUAACGGUGUAAAUAUUAGUCAUAAUACUACAUUUUAUGGGUAGUAGAAAAAUCCAUCACUAGUCUAGCCUUAAAUUCAGAAUUAAUAUGGAAAUAAAAGAUAAUCAGCAGAUGGCAAUUAAGGAUUCAAAAAUGCAUCUGCGCUAUAAUCUCUAAACGACAAGAUAAUUCAUAAUAAUCUAUUUGGAUCUAAUCCGAUAUCCUAAUUGAUGAUUGGAAAUUCUUAAAAUUCUCAGCCAUCUAGUAUUAUCAACCAGGCAAAUUUAACAUAGACAAAUUUCGGAAUAAAGUAGUAUUAAUCAACUGGUGUAACAUCCGGAGACAGAAACUCUAUUGAUAAAACUAAUAUCCAGCUUGUUAAUUAAAGCAAUCUAAUUGCUAAGAAGCUAGAUAUAAAGCAGCCAAUUUAAGCCAAGGAUUCAAUGUAAUAAAAUUCAAUUUAACAAAUUAGACCUAACAGCUUGGGUAAAUUUAGUAAACAGGACGAGUCAUCUUAAUCACCUAUAAAGACUGAUACUUAAUAAAGACUGAACUAAAAUGUAACUCCCUUUUCUAAUAAAACUACAGCAUAGAGUGAUUACUAAAAGGAUGGCGACAAUCCAACUCCGAAGAGUGUAGGCAAUUAUAAAAAUGACACCCUACCAACAGAAAAUUCUCCCAAUUCUAAAAUCAAUUUGCCUGAUACAGCAUCAUACUCAGGAGGAUUCCUUCAGAAUCUUAGUCAAAUAAAUUUCAAAGACAAAAUUAUGAUUCAUGUCAUUGACGACAGUAAGAAUCAGAAAAAAGAUUUUACUUUUUCAAGAUCAUUGCUUGUGAAAUAUAUGAAGUAUUUUGAAAAAUGUCUUAAAAAGAUAUCUGAAAAUGAUGAGAUUGACAUCUCCAUUCAUUGUGAUGCUGGGAUAUUUGAAUGGCUUCUGAAUUAUAUAUUCAACUAGGAGGAAAUGGAGAAAUCUUCGUAGUCGACUAAUGUAACACUUCAAUCAACUAAUGGAUGGCAAUUAAGGGUGCAAAAGUGUGAUGAAGACGUGCAUAAUUCUUUGUAGACUUUCUCAAGUGUUACAUAGUACAGAGGACCGAAACUAGAUUAGAAAAAUGUGGUGUCUAUACUUAUAUCUGCAGAUUUUCUAAAGAUUGACAGACUAGUCAAGCAUUGCAUGGAAUAUUUUGUAGCCAACAUCGAGGAUAUCUCCAAGAUUCAAGUCGAUAUGAGUUGCAUAAAUUCAGUUAUUAUUAGAGAGAUGGCUAAGAAUAUCAAACUUGAUAGGCUUGAUACCUUGAAGGAGAGAAAGGAUAAACUUGUAAGUAGACUAUUUAUGAAAAAAUUAGAGCUACUUCUAGAGAAAGACAAAAAUUAUCUUCACAAAUGUGCAUAUUGCCUGAGACUUUUCACAAAGGACUAGAGAGAAAUUUUGAGCUGUCCAAAAGGUAAAGUUUACAUUGAUGAAAAUGGAUAGUAAAGAGCUAAGCAUGUAAUUGACAAGGAUUGGGAUUUAAAGAAAUUCAUUACUUAUGUUAGAGAAACUUAUAGAAUAUCUUGGAAAGAAAUAUACUGGAAGGUUUGGUCAUAUCUAAAUACAUUCAAGUGCAAUAGAUGUCAGGGAUUCUUUGUAAUAGCUGAAAUGGGUAACUGCCGAUAUCAUGAGAAACAAAUGAGGAUAUAGUCCUAAUACAAUACUCCUGGAGGCUCUGUAUAUAAGUAUGAAUGCUGUGGAUAAUUCUAUGAUAUUUACUAGUUACUGGAUAUUGAAGGAAGAGGUCUUAAUGGAUGUAAAAUGUAAAUGCAUGAACCAUAUAUUCUCUUUAAUUCCUCCUUAGAGAAAGAAAAGUAAAUACUAGACAGACUAAUAUCUCAUCAGCUAAUCAUCCUUGAGAAUCCACCUGAAUUCUUAAUUGAGGAGAUAUAGAUAAAAGGCUUAGAUCCAUUAUUAAAUGAAUCAUAGAAUCAAUCACCUAGUAAAAGGUCUCCUGCAACCUAUAAAAUUAUAAUUGCCGAAGGUAACUAGCCAUAAAAUUCAUAAUAGACAUAAGUUAUCAAACCAUCAAGUCUUCACUAUAAAAUUAGCCUCAAACAGGGUGUAGAGGAAUACAUUAAAAAGGAAUCUAAAAUAGAGGAUUUUGAGAUUUUAGUUGAAGAGGAAAAGACUCCAGAAGAAGAAGCUGAAGUUCUAGGAUAAAUUAAUGAGGACUUUGAUGAUGCACUUUAUGAUAUGCAGGUCAUCAUUUAGUAAAAGAACAAGGUUGUUGCUAAUAACUUGUUAGAUGCUUAAACAGAUUGGGAUAAGGAAACUGAGAAAAUGAGGAAGAAGCUCGAAAGGAAUUCGAUCAACUCUGUCAAGUAUAAGUACGCUCAGCAAUAGAACAGUACAAACAAGCCAGACGGUUAAGACUAGCAAGAUUUAUCAUCACAGUAGAAUCAAGGGCAGUAAGAUAUUUCUGGAUAACAAAGGAUGAGUCCAACAAAGUUGAAACCAACAUAACCACCUCAAGGACUUUAAUAAAACUAUCAAUCUAAUCCUCAACCAUAGCAAAAUUAAAACAUGAUGAAUAACAACUAGAUGCAACAAAAUCAAAUAUACGUUUUGAAUCCAGAGUAAAUGGAAGAAGCUAAAGUAAUGACUUUACAGAAGAUGAGGCAGUUUAAGAGGGAUAGACUCUAUGCAAACGAUAAGGAUAGAGUUGGCCAGCUUCAAGACUUGUUAAAGAAAGUGAGACUCAAUGAAAAUCAGAUUGUAUAAUAGCAAAUCUAACAAGAAGAACAAGCAAAGCAAAGAUAAAACCAAGCUAAUCUAAGUCCAAGUCCGAGAAUUUCAAGUCCUACUAACCAUAAAUCCAAUUAGUAAUCAAUAAGUGUGAAUCCAUUCUUGCAAGCCUAAAACAGUUCGUAGCCUCCUCAAUAGUAAUAAUAAAUAAUGACCUAAAUAACAUCUAUUGUAAACAAAAGAUCUAGAUCUACUAAUUACAACGGAGCCUUUACAAAUGCUAAUAAUGGUCAGACUUAUAAAGAAGCCGCAAAGAAUAAUGAUACUGUUGAUAAUAUCUAAAAUAUUGCAGCUAGUCCUGACAGAGGUAAAAGUCCCUAAGUAAUACCACAGCCAAGAAAGAAUUCAGGAGCUACUAACUUCAACAGCACUGAACCUCAAUCUAAUUUAAUGAACAAGAGUCCGAGAGUAAACAGAGUGAAAAAUCAAUCACCCCCUUCACGAGAAAAGUAAACUCAAUAAAGUAAUUAACAGAAUGUAUCUAGUUUGUAGAAUUCCCUACCUGAAGAUAAAAUAGUGCACAGUCCACAAAAGGUACCAACAAAUUUCUAUUAAAAUACUAAUAAUCAGACCUUCUAUCAGCAUAGAAAAACUAAUUCAAACAAAUUGCCUCAAAUAAAUAGCAAGACUGUGGAAACUAGCAGCCUUUCAAAUACCUAUUAUUCGAAAGAAUGA